AUGCGUUCCUCCUUCUGCGCCGCCGUUCUGGCGCUUGCUUCGUCUGUUGUGGCCCAAACACCUCACUUCGAUGUUAUGUCUUCCCCAACUCAGGGUCAGGUCAUCCCUGCGGGCUCUUCUUUCGACAUUAUCUGGGACCCCAACUCUGUUCCGGGUACCAUCACCAUUACUCUGAUCCAAGGACCAGCGUCCAACGCACUCGUCAAAGGCCCAGUCAUUGCUUCUGGUGUCGACAAUUCUCUUGGAAAGUUCACAUGGUCGCCCGUGCCUAGCGGCCAAUUUGCAGCGUAUGGCUUCAACAUCACUUCUGACUCGGACCCCUCAACCUAUCAAUUGUCGAACGGCUUCCAUAUCUCUGGAGGCAGCACCCCAUCACCCACACCUGCUGCCGGCGGCAUAACCACAACAGUGCGUUUGGCGCCUGGACCUGCUUAUACCCCUCCCCCGAACACCACCACUUCUUCCGUUGUAACCACCACCCACAACGCGACGCAGACCUCUUCAGCCGUCAAGGCAGUUUUCACUUCGUCCGCCAACGUGACCACUACCACUCCAGUCGCAAACAUCACUCUGACAACUCUGACAACUCCCUUGGUAACCGCCACCCCCGUUACCGCCGCCAGCCCCGUGACGACUCCGUCCGAGUCAAGCCCGACUACGCCUGCAAGCAUUUCAACCCCUACUCCCAAGUUAACCAGCGGUGCUGCCGCAAACAUGGCAUCCGGUGGACUGGCAAUGAUCGGAGGAUUGGUUCUCGCAUUCGCCCUGUAA